AUGGAGGAACAACAAGUGAUUGAUAUUUUUAGCGAAGGUAAGGGAAUCCAUGUUGCUGGCGGAGAGCACAGGGGUAUAGUAAUCAACAAGGAUGGAGGGGUAGAGGAGGAGGGGGUUCAGGGGCAACCUCAUCUAUGCCUAGAAUUCAGGGUCUUCCUUGUAAAUACAAGCACUAAUAAACAUGCACAGGAGAAACGUGUACUAUCCUACUGGUUUAAAGAUGAAGUGGAAGAGAACAGUCGAGCUAAACUUGCUCAGCAAUUUUUUAAAGAGCUUGUCAGUCCAACACAAUUCCCCAGAGAUUAUGUUGGAUUUAUCAAGAAGAUUAUGAAACUGAUGCAGACAAGCUACCCUGGGAUGCGACGGGUUGAGGUUGAGCUGACCCAGGAGCUGGAACUGGAUAAACUACCUGACAGACCAACAAGAUCAGGAGCACUUCUCUUUACUGUUGGGUCAUCUAGACCCAGAGUGUCAGCUGAACCAUGUAGUAAAAGUAUUGCUACUGAGGAGAGAGUUCUGGAGUUGAUAGAAGCUUCAUAUCCUAAUCCUAUAGCAUUAGAAACUAUGUACAGUCAUUUUGAAAGCACUGAAGCUCUCAUUCGGAGUGUUCUCUCCGAGCUACAGCUUAAGAAAAAAAUCAGAACAAUGGAGAAUAAUUUGAACCAGUUUACUCGUGUAGUCAAGGACGAAGAGAAAAUUACAAUUGUCAAACAGAUGCCAAAGGUUGAGAAAGCUAAGCAGCCAAGUAUAGCUAUAAUCUGUAGCCAGUAUCAAGAGAAAGCUGCUCUAGACUCAUUUAUGACAAAUCGUCAAACCUUUGUUAGAUAUGCUACAGUAGGUGAGACCCAGGCCUAUACACUGGGUGAUCUGGGACCUCACAGAGUAGUUGUCACAAAACUUCCUAGAACAACAAGACUUCUGGGUACAUUUCAGGAGGUUGAGUAUGUUCUGCUGGUUGGUAUAGGAGGUGGAGUACCUCAUUAUACAGAUUACAAUAAACAUGUCCGCCUGGGAGAUGUUGUAGUUUCAGCUCCGCAGCCUGGGCAGAGGUUUAUUUAUCAACAGUGUGACACAGCUCAGGUAUCCUCCGGUGGAAUGCUUGAGUUCCAAACUAAGUCCUGGUGUCCCCCUGAGCUGACCCUGCAGGAGCUAGCUAGACAGCUCAUUCAAGAUCAGGUUGGUAAUGGUGUAGAUGCUACCUGGGAGAAAUUAUUUAGAUCUGGAAUAUCGGAGUUAGGAGAGGAAUGGAGAAGGCCUGAUGCAGAUACUGAUAAACUGUUCAUGUCUAUUGGUGGGCAGGAUCUGAUCGAGGUUGGGCACCCCAGCUCCGGGGACGGGAUGGAUCCCAGACAAGAAGGCUUAACUGUUCUCCAUCUUGGUCCAGUAGGAGCUGGGAAACAGGUUGCUACAGAUGAUCAACUAAGACAGGAGUUUGCAUACAAGUUGAGCUGA